AUGUCAGUAGGUCUGUACUCGAAACGAUUCGUCGGCGCAUCAGCACUACUGCUGUACGGAUACGCGUUAUAUCCGAUCGUAAAGCCGACAAGUACACGCUCGCUACGACUGGCACAAGGUCUUGAUGCCCAUGAACUUGGCGAGAAAGACCUUUUUGCCAUGAACGUGCGGAAUAUUGCUGCACGUGUGGGCGUGAAGAAUCCGGAACGGAUAUCUAUCCGCGUUGGCAUGCAGUCUGCUGGUGCGUCUAUGGGGACCAAUCUUACUAUUCGUGAGCGUGGAGCCUGCAUUGUAGUGCCUAUGGAGCUCUAUGAUGCCUUCUACGCACCAUCACACCUGUACAAAAAGUACGACAUGGCAAAGCGACACGAGAUUGACUUUGUUUUAGCGCACGAAAGCGCUCAUAUUGCCAAGAACCACUCCAUGUACACUGCAGCUUUCUUACCAGCGUCGCUUAUUGGCAGCUACGUGGCUAUCAACAAGAUCCCAAACAAAUUGAUCGCCAGUAUUGUCAGUAUGUUAAGCAUCAUUGGUAGUCAUUUGUAUCUCUCAUGGAGCUUGGAACAUGAAGCGGAUCAGGUCGCUGCUGCAAAUGGAUUUGCAUGUGGUGGCAUUUAUUUUUUUCAACGAAAGCUGAUCCGCAAUUGUGAAAUGCGAUCAUUGUACAAGACACGAAUGAUCACAAAGCGUGGCAACUACCUCGGCGAUACAUCACACCCGUUCCUGACGUCACGCAUUGAGCGACUACAAUUAUUGACCUUGUGUAGCGAUAGUCAACCUUGUCACUACCAUAGAGACUGA